AUGGUGGAUGCAAGGCCAGCGAGAUCCUCUAUGGACGUAGGAUACCUGAAGGUAGAGGAUUCAAGCAAACUGAUGGAUGACGUAACCAAAUACCGGAGCCUUGUAGGUGCUCUUCUUUACCUGGGUGUUGUAGCGAGACCUGACAUCGUUGCAAGUACAGCAAUUUUGGGGCGGAAGUUCUGCUCGCCUACUGAAGCCGACUGGAGUGCAGCAAAACGCUUGCUGCGAUAUCUGAAGGGAACGCGAUGCUAUGCAGUACAGCUAGGAGGAGAUACGAAGCAGGGCUUGAUCGGAUACUCCGAUUCUUAUUGGGCGGGAGAUAUAGGCACGAGAAGAUCUACAUCGGAAUUCGUAUUCCUGUAUGCCGGCGGAGUUAUUUCGUGGGCCAGCAGAAGACAAUCAAGUGUCACGCUAUCAACCAUGGAGGCUGAAUACGUGGCGCUCACCGAGGCCUGUCAAGAGGCCAUAUGGCUGAGGCGGCUGCUGCAGGAUUUCAGUGAAAAGCAAAUUGAACCUACAAUCGUUAUGGAGGACAAACAGUCCUGUCUAACCUUCGUGAAGAGUGAGAGGUAG